UCAACAAGGUGUUUGAGGAGAAGAAGUACGUGGAGCUGGACCCCAGCAAAGUGGAAGUUAAGGAUGUAGGGUGAGGCCGGGGGUAACUCCGGGGGGGUGCGGGGCGCAGCGGCAGCGGGUUGGGAUCAGGCCCUGUCAGCAUGUGUGUUUGUGCUUCUGCCCACCCGUGUAUUGUCCCCUGUGUCCGUGUCCUGGCUGCUGUGAGAGCCACUGUUCCUGUCGUGGCCCUGGCGCUGACCGCGACCUCCUCUGCCAACCCGCCCCGUUCCACGCAGGUGCUCCGGGCUGCACCGCCCGCAGACCGAGGCCGAGGUGCUGGAGCAGAGCGCGCAGACGCUGCGCGCCCACCUGGGGGCCCUGCUGAGCGCGCUCAGCCGCUCGGUUCGCGCGUGCCCCGCCAUGGUGCGCGCCACCUUCCGCCAGCUCUUCCCGCGCGUGCGCGAGCGCUUCCCCAGCGCCCAGCACGAGGUGCGCCCUCCACCCGCUGGGCUAGGCUGGGCCGGGUUGGACUGGGCUGGGGCGAGGGCCGAAGAGCGGUGGGGAACCAGGGAGCGCUGGGGAGGACCAGGGAGGCUGUGUCCCGGCGAGGGUCAGGGACGGAGCCUAAGGGGAGGGGGCUGCCAGGAGCCCUGGUCUGGGGGACUCCAGCCCGCGCUCUUCCGCACCCCUCCAGAAUGUACCGUUCAUCGCCGUCACCAGCUUCCUGUGCCUGCGCUUCUUCUCUCCCGCCAUCAUGUCGCCCAAGCUCUUCCACCUGCGGGAGCGCCACGCGGACGCCCGCACCAGCCGCACCCUGCUCCUGUUGGCCAAGGCAGUCCAGAACGUGGGCAACAUGGACACGCCGGCUUCCAGGGCCAAGGAGGCUUGGAUGGAGCCGCUGCAGCCCACCGUGCGCCAGGGCGUGGCGCAGCUGAAGGACUUCGUCACCAAGCUCGUGGACAUCGAGGAGAAGGACGAGCUGGACCUGCAGCGGACGCUGAGUUUGCAGGCGCCACCUGUGAAGGAGGGGCCGCUCUUCAUCCACAGGACCAAGGGCAAAGGCCCCCUCAUGUCCUCCUCCUUCAAGAAGCUCUACUUCUCCCUCACUACCGAGGCCCUCAGCUUCGCGAAGACGCCCAGCUCCAAGAAAAGCGCCCUCAUCAAGUUAGCCAACAUCCGGGCAGCGGAAAAGGUUGA